GGAGUUAGACCACUGCAAGCAAGAACCAGUUUUAAUCUACGCAGGAUGAUGACGAUGACGACAACUGAUGAAAAUUGCAUUCCUGUUCAUUUAUCAGUUCGUAUAUUUUGCUCAAAUUUGUGUAAGAUUUCUUCCACUGGAUUUUCUCAUUCAAAUAAGAGAUACCAUUCUUAUGGAAUCGCAAGUAAGUCUAAUCCCCUUCCCAAUGACCUGACCAUCGCUGAUGCAUUAAGUUUAUUCGAUCAGAUGUUUUAUGACCGACCCCUUCCCUCUAUUCAAGACUUUUGCCGAUUAUUAACUCGUAUUGUUAAAAUGAAACAUUAUUUCACAGCCAUUUCUCUAAUUCAACGGUUUGACUUAUUAGGUCUUCGCCCUUUGAUCAAACCCACAAUUUAUACGUUUACUAUUGCAAUCAAUUGUUUGUGCCACUUGAAUAGAGUGAUUUUCGGCUUUUCUGUGUUUGGUAAAGCCUUGAAACUUGGUUAUGAGCCAGAUUGCACUACAUUUACCAUUUUGAUCAGAGGGCUUUGUAAGCUAGGUGAAAUCCAUCAAGCAGUCAAAUUGUUUGACCAAUUCGUGGAAAACAGGUUUCAACCGAGUGUAGUUACUUAUGGAACACUUAUAAAUGGGCUAUGCAAAUCGGGGGAUAUGCCUGCUGCUAUGAUUUUGCUCAGGAGGAUGAGCGAAUCAAGAACGUGCCCACCCGACACCAUGGUUUACAGCACAAUUAUAGACAGCCUCUGCAAGAGUAGACAACUUAAUGAGGCUUUUCAUCUCUUUUAUGAAAUGAUUGGAAAAGGCAUUUCCCCUGAUAUUGUGACUUAUACUUGCUUAAUUAAAGCAUUAUGUUAUUGCAAAUUAUGGGAAGAAGUCAAGAUUUUGAUAGAGGAGAUGUUCACUCAAAGAAUCUCAUCAAAUGUACACACUUUUAGCAUUUUAGUAGAUGGAUUAUGUAAAGAAGGCAGGGUAACAGAAGCACACAAUCUUGUUGCAUUGAUGAUAAAGAUUGAUCAAAUGCCGAAUACCAUCACUUACAAUUCUUUGAUGGAUGGAUAUUGUUUGAUUGGAAGAGUGGAUGAUGCAAGAAAGUUGCUUGAUGUCAUGAUUGAUAAUAACUGUGCUCCAUCUGUCAUUAGUUAUAGCAUAUUGAUCAAUGGGUACUGUAAGGCUAAAAGGGUAGAUGAGGCCUUGAUUCUAUUUAAGGGUAUGUCUGAAAAGGGGAUUGAUCCUAAUGCCAUUACAUACACUAUCAUGAUCGAUGGAUUUUGUAAGAAGGGGAAACUAAAUGAAGCCAAUGAGUUGUUCUCGAGGAUGAAGAACAGUGGUUGCUUACCUGAUGCUUGGACUUAUAACACGAUUUUGCGGGGAACACUUCUUAACAAUCAAACAUCAAAGGCGAUUCAGUUUCUUGAAAGUAUGAAGAACAGUGGCUUCUCUGUAGAUGUGUAUACUACAGGUUUGUUGAUUAACUACUUGUCGAAUGAGCAAUUGGAUGCUUCGUCUACGUACAUGCUUGAGGAUGUUAUAAAGGCCGAGGGAUAAUUCAAUCCAUGUCAGGGUGCAGCGUUUCUCGUCUUUUUAGAGCGUUCGGCUAUCGUGUUAGAUUCUUCUAUAAUGGUAGUUUUUAUAACAAAAAUGGCAGGCAAUACUUAUGUGUACAUAUAUAUAAAAGUGGAACACUCAAAGUACUUGAAUACCUUGUAUACAUGGUUAUAGAAAUAUAUAAUAUCUAGAGUAUGGUUCUCCAAAA